AUGCUUUUAUCCGAUAAUCAAGGUUGUAGUUCAGUGCCUUCGCCCGGUAAUCAAAAUUACAAUCAUGUGUCUUCGGCCAGUAAGCAAAUAGUUGAUCUUUUAUACAAUAAUUUGUUUGUUGUGUCUUUAACCAAACAUUCAAUGCUUUCAUCUGAUAAUCAAGCAUUUUCGCCCAGUAAUCAAAGUUGUGAUCAAGUAUCUUCACCUGGUUGUGGUUUAAUGCCUUCGCCCAAUAUCCUUGCUAGUGGUUUAGUGCCUUCACCUAUUGAUUAUGUUGGUUCUUCUGAACCUUCGUUUGAGAAUUGUGUUGGUUAUCAAGAGCCUUUAUCUAAUAGCAAUAAUAAGUUUUGUGCUUUAUCUGAUGAUUGUUAUUGA